AUGUUGUGCCCCGUUGCAUUCCUAGCAUUGAGUGCAGUUGCUCAAGCACACACAGUUGCUUGGAUCAAAGGAAUGUACUGCCUGGGAGGUCCCGACCUUUCGACAGACAACGCGAAUACAAACACAGCCGUGGAUCCCCUGUAUAAUCUCACCUAUGCAGAAUGGUGGUUCCAACACGAUCGCGGCUGUGACGCAGCACCUCCAGCGGCCGGCGACAUCCUGCAACUCCCAGCUGGCGGAAAGUUCACGGUGGAACUUGCACACAACCGCGCACAGACUACGCUUUCAUACGGCGGAAAGUAUACUUCUGAAUGGCCGGACGGGAAAGAGCACCCCGAAGACUGGGCCGGUCCUGGAAGCCCGCCCGAGUGCAUUCAGGAUGAUGGAGCAAUGCAUACCAACAACCAAUCCAUGGCAGCUGGCACUGCGUUUGCCAUCAGCUAUCAGUCUGAAAUGGCUGCGGUAACUAUGGAGAACUUGGCUGUGUUUACAGUUUUGGAGCACACCCCAUGGAAGCGGGUCGCUACCUAUGACGUGCCUGAGGAUCUUCCUGCUUGUCCUCCUGGUGGAUGCACCUGUGCUUGGCUCUGGGUCCCGAACGGUUGUGGGCAGUCCAACAUGUAUAUGGCUGGUUAUAAAUGCAACGUCACUGGAUCUACCUCUUCUAGAAAGGUCGCCGCUGCUCAAGUCCCGGUUUACUGUGUGGAUGAUACCAGCAAGUGCGUUAAGGGUGCUAAGCAAAUGAUUGCCUUUAACCAGCGAACAGGGAACAACGUUUAA